GAGAUUUUGACUGCACAUCUCCCGUUGUUGGCAUUGUUCCCUUCUUUUCGCACCAAAAGCUCCGUCUGCUCUGUCCUGUUCGAGACUCCAACUGUUCUCACAAGUCAAAAUCGCCAAGCGUUCUGGUAUCUGAACGACACGGUAUACCGCCGCGCCACCUGUUCUAAGCGGUGGCUGUUGUUCCAUGACUCACUCUAAUAUCAAGUGACCUCCCUUACUGCUUACCUAGCUUGAGAGUAACGAACGGUAUCGAGUGGCGGCAUGGCACUUCAUGCGCAAACCUGGAGCCCGGCGCAGGGGGAGAGACCUGCCCUUCCCAUGCCGGGAGAACCAGAUCGCCAGCUGUCAGCAACCAGUCUCCGCGGCAGGCUGCAGAGCCUCCGGCGAGUAACGACCUCAUCACGCUCCAAGUCUUCUUCACAGUCGCCAGACGGUAGUACAAGAGGGGCACUAGGCUUGAAUCUGCUGCAUGAACCAUCGGAGCCACGGGUGGAUUUCAUCUUCGUCCACGGCCUCAACGGCGGCUCCAGGCGGUCAUGGAGCGCAUCCUCGGACCCGGCGAGCUUCUGGCCCAAGGAAUGGCUGCCAUCCGAAGCCGGCUUCCGACACGUUCGCAUCCACAGCUUCGGCUAUGACUCGGACUGGACCAAGUCGCGAGAGAGCACCUUGACCAUCCACGACUUCGGUCAGGCUCUGCUGGCGGAUAUCUAUAAUUCGCCGAACUUGAGGCGGAAUGGAAACACUCCUAUCGUCCUUGUUGCGCAUAGCAUGGGAGGCCUGGUUGUAAAGAAGGCAUACCUUCUCGCCCGAAGAGACCCCAUCUACGCCGAUAUUGCAAACCGAAUCCACAGUCUGUACUUCCUAGGGACUCCGCAUCGAGGAGCCGACUCAAGCGCCUCCUUGACUACGUUGAUCUCCAUGUCCAUCGGCUCCGGCUCCAAGACGUUCGUCAAAGAGCUGAUUCCCGGCUCCGGAACGCUUCAAGCCAUCAAUGAUGAGUUCCGACACGUGUGUAGCGAUGUUCGACUGUGGUCCUUCUUCGAGGGCAUUCCAACUUCGACAGGCCCAACCAACACUAUGAUCGUCGAGAAAGAGUCCGCAGUGAUGGACAAUAUAGGGCUGCCUGGCGAGCACACCCAAUACCUGCAAGCAGACCAUCGCCGCCUAGUCAAAUUCGAGUCGGUAGAAGAUCCCAACUACAACAUCCUGCUGCGGUGCUUCAACACUACCAUCGAGGAGAUAGAGAAGAACUACAUUGCGGACAAGUUCGAGAACCACCGAGCGCAGAUGAGGCAGAUAGCGCAGGCCUUCGACGUGGCGGAGCGGCCAGACGGCGACUUCGUCAGGAUGCUGGACAAACUGCACGUCGGCUCCUGCGAGUGGCUUACCGCGCACCAGUGCUUUCACGAGUGGCUGGAAUGCGAACCGAUAGACCCGAAUCCGAAGAUCAAGGCCAUUACCUCCGGCCCCUCCAAGAACACCCCGCGGUUCCUGUGGCUCAACGGCCCUCCUGGCUCCGGCAAGUCGGUCGCCUCGGGUCAUGUCAUCAGGUAUCUCGAGUCCUACAACCUCGACUGCGCCUACUUCUUCUUCAAGAACAACGAGAAGCCCAGCCUCACGCAGUUUCUGCUGUCGAUGGCGCUGCAGAUGGCCGAGUCCAACUUCCAGAUCCGCCACACCUUCCUAUCCAUGUUGGAGGAGGGCGAGACAAUCGACAGCCACAGUGACCAUGUCAUGGUGUGGAAUAACAUCUUCCUGGGCCGCAUCUUCAAGAUGGCCCUGUCGCAGCCCCAGUACUGGGUGAUCGACGCGCUCGAUGAGUGUCCGUCGCGGGCCCUGGCAACGCUCAUGUCCAUGUUCGCCAGGAUUGAGCCGACCGUUCCGCUCAGGAUCUUCAUCACCAGCCGUCCCAACGGCCAUGUCGAGCGUCUGCUGAACCAGGAGAGGAUCGCCAGACUGGAGAUGCACACAGGCCAGGCAGAUUCGCUCAGGGAUAUCGAAGCCUUUGUCCGGUCGCGGCUGUCGCCGAGCAUCAUCGAGGACUUCAACGAGGAGGAAGGCGACCUGGUGGCUGAGAUCAUCGAGAAGUCGAACGGCAUCUUCCUCUGGGCAUCCUUGAUCCUGACGCGCCUGGACGAAGCGCACAGCAUCGAAGCAAUGCGGAAGACGCUCGACCAGGUGCCCUCGGAGAUGAGCGGCAUGUACAGCGGCAUCCUCGAGAGCAUCCUCGAGUCCCCCAACGCAGACCUCGCCCACUGCGUCCUCAAGUGGGUCGUCUGCGCCCGAAAGCCGCUGAGCACGGAGGAGCUGAGGGAGGUAGUGCGGCUGGACAUCAACCAGACGCUGCGGACCCCGGACAGGUUCGCGCAGGUCUGCGGCAACCUCAUCACCGUCGACAACAACCUGGUCCAGGUCAUGCACCAGACAGUCAAGGAGUUCCUCACGGGCGAACAGUCCGACUACUACAUCCCGCGCUCCUGGUCGCACGCCCGCAUCGCCGAGCUCUGCCUGCAGCAUCUCAACAGCCGCAACUUCGCCCCGCCCCGCACCCGCCGGGCACCCGCCAUCUCGUCCUCUUCCUCUUCCUCUAAGACGUCGUCGUCGUCAUCGUCCGACACCGCCAACGCCGCCGUGUUCGACGAAUACGCAAGCGCCAACUUCUCCUACCACCUUGCGCACUGCUCCCCCUCGGAGUCCACCCUCGGGCUGCUCCCCUUGCUCGGCACGUUCGUCUCGUCCAACGUGCUGACCUGGAUCGAGCGCGUAGCCAAGACGGGGCGGCUCUCCCUGCUCACGCGCACCAUCCAGAACCUGAAGGUCUACCUCGACCGGCAGGUGGCGACGUGCUCGCCGAUCGACGCCGACUACCAGCUGACAUCGCGCUUCGUCGAGGACCUGGUGCGGCUCUCGGCCAUCUUCGGGCCGAACCUGCUCGCCACGCCGUCGUGCAUCUACUCACUCGUGCCGCUGCUCUGCCCCAAGUCGAGCAUGAUCCACUGGAAGUUUGCGCGGCAGCAGCGGCAACAGCAGCGGGUGCUGUGCAGCUUCAACGACGACUGGGACGAGCGGCUGUCGUCCUUCACCUUCGCGUCGCGCGUCAUGUCCAUCGCUUGCGCCGACCAGUUCUUUGCCGUCGGCUUGGGCGACGGGACCGUGAGGGUAUACCGGCAGAGCACGUUCGAGCUGCUGAAUACCAUGCAGCACGGCGAGCCGGUGCGGCGGCUGGCCAACGGGAACAUCACCGGCAUGCUGCUCUCGGGCGGGCUGAAGACGCUCAAGGCGUGGGGGCCGCGGCAGGUGCUGCUGUGGUCGGCGACCGUGCCGGAGCAGGUGCUGAGCUUCCGCUUCAGUCCGGACGACUCGAAGGUGUACGUGCCGCUGCGGAACGGGGAGGUGUACGUGUACCGGGCGAAGAACGGGGUGCGGCUGGAUGCGCUGGAUAUCCUGGAGGACAACUCGUCGUCGUCGUCAUCGUCGUCGGAUUCGGAGUCGGAUGGCGGCCGGCACCAGCCCCAGCAGCAGCAGAGGCGCACGAUGCCGAUGCUGAUCCGGAUCAGCCCCAUGCUGGGCAUCGCGGCGAUCGCCUACCGCAGCUCCCACCUGCAGCUGUCGUACUACGACAGCGACGGGCGGGUGGAAGCGUUUGAGAAGGAGGGCUACGAGGACGGCGGCGGCCUCCCGUCGCAGGUGCUCGACAUCGCGUUCAACGAGAACGCGGAGCAGGGCCUGAUGGCCGUGUCGUACCAGGACGGCGACCUCGUCACGCUCGAUCCGUGGACGCUGCAGCAGAAGCACGCCUACCACCUGAACGCGCACACGCUGGCGGCCUCGCCCGACGGGCACACGCUGGCGGCGGGGGACAGCGAGAGCAUCAUCUCGCUGUUUGCCUUUGACGGCCUCCGCCUCAUCUGCCGGAUCCAGUCGCUCGACGAACGCAUCAUGGGCAUCGUGUUCGCCUCCAGCAGCCUGCGCUUCUUCGAUCUCCGCGGCAACACGUGCAAUGUAUGGGAGCCGGCCGCGCUGAUCAAGAAGAACCUGGCCGACGACAGCUCGAGCGAGGAGGCCGAUGAGUACCUGAUGCCGGCCUCGAACCUCGUGUGCACCCGGACCUUCGAGGACAGCAGGGCCAUCACGGCCAUGGCGCAGGCGGGCGACACGAACUUUGUGUUCUGCGGGCGCGAGGACGGAUCGAUCACGGUGCACGACGUCAGCUCGGGCCGGAUAUGCGCCGAGCUCAAGUUCCACGCCCGCAUGGUCGACAUCCUCCAUCUCGAAUGGAACGCGCAGGGGAAGGUGCUGUUCAGCGUCGACGCUUCCCGGCGCUGCAUCGCCACGCGUCUGAGCCUGCCCACCUCGGCCGGCGCUCAAAAACAGCAGCAGCAGCAGCAGCAGCAGCAGCAACUGCAGCAGCAACUCCAGCAGUGCGAGCACAUCCUCGACUUCCGCGCCUCCGACACCGUUCUGCAAGCGCUCAUCAGCCCGGACGCGUCCGCCUUCCUCGUCUCCACUCAGUCCGGCGAGGAGCUCCAUGCGCCCGGCGACGCAGGGCACACCAUCCGGUCGAGCCACUCCCGCGGUAAUAAAGCCCGCUGGCUGCAGCACCCCACCGACAACAGCCGCCUCCUCCUCUUCCAGGACGCCAGCGAGGUCCUGCACAUCUUCCGGUGGACCGAGCUGCACCGCGAGACACCCGAGCAGGGCAUCUCGAUCGAACUGCCCUCGGACCUCCUCGCCAUGCCAUCAUCAGUCGUCCUCUCGGAUGAGUGGCACGCCCGUGCAGGGCUGGCUACGCUCGUCCAGACGAUUGAGCUGCCAUCUAAUAACAACAGUAACCAUAACAAUAACAACAACAACAACAACAGCAGCAGCAGCAGCAGCAGCAGUAGCAACAGAACGGGAUUCCUAACCCUGGACUUGUCCAAGAUCACCGACCCAUCAACAACAACAACCCAAGUACUAGAAAUCACCUGCACGUCCCGCCGGCUAGUGUCACACAUCAGGUCGGUACUCGGCAUCUACAGAUCGAAUCUGUACUUCAUGAGCGGCCGCGGGUGGGUGUGCUCCAUCAGCCUGAAGAACCUGGCGGCGAGCAAGUCGUAUGUGCGGCACUUCUUCAUUCCGUCGGUCUGGCAGACGGGAGGGGAGCCGAUGGCGCGCGUGGUGUCCAAGACUAGUGUCGUGAUGGCGUAUCGCGAUGAUUUGGUGGUGCUGCAGGGGUUUUUGGAGUUUGAGCAUAAGACUUUGUUUGAGGAGGAGGGGAAGGAGGAGGGGGAGGGGGCGGUGGUGAAGAAGGGUUGUUAGAAACUGCAAAUUAGUUAGGGAUUCCAUCAUUCAUGAUGCAUGAGGUUCGGUGAGUUUUUGGAACUU